CGGGCCGGAGCCCGGAACCGAGAGCGACGAGCGAGGCCGCCGCGGCGCGGAGCCCGAGCGGGCGGCGGCGGGGCCGCGCCAUGGCGGAGACGAUCAUAAUCCGCGUGCAGUCCCCGGAAGGGGUGAAGCGCAUCACAGCCACAAAGCGAGAAACCGUGGCGACGUUCCUCAAGAAGGUUGCAAAAGAGUUUGGUUUCAGGAAUAAUGGUUUUUCUGUCUACACCAAUAGAAACAGGACAGGAGAGAUCACAGCAUCGCAAAAUAAAUCCCUCAACUUACUGAAAAUCAAGCAUGGCGAUAUGCUGUUUCUCUACCCUUCAAGCCCUGCUGGCUCUUCCUCAGAGACCAUGGACACCUCUGUCUCCCAAGGCUUGCGACCUGUGGGGGCCCCCCAGGUGGUAGAAGAUGAGAUUGACCAGUAUCUGAUCAAACAGGAUGGAAAAAUUUACCGAAAUAGAGACCAGCAGCUGUGUCGCCACGGCCCUUUGGGUAAAUGUGUGCAUUGUGUACCACUAGAGCCUUUUGAUGAGGAUUAUUUAAACCAUCUGGAACCUCCUGUGAAGCAUAUGUCUUUCCAUGCCUACAUCAGGAAGCUGACCGGAGGAGCAGACAAGGGGAAAUUUGUUGCCCUGGAAAACAUCAGCUGCAAGAUUAAAUCAGGCUGUGAAGGGCACCCUCCUUGGCCAGAGGGCAUUUGCACAAAGUGUCAGCCAAGUGCCAUCACUCUCAAUAGACAGAAAUACAGGCAUGUUGACAACAUCAUGUUUGAGAACCACACAAUUGCAGAUCGUUUCCUAGACUUCUGGCGGAAGACAGGAAACCAACAUCUUGGAUAUUUAUAUGGCCGGUACACAGAGCACAAAGACAUCCCUCUGGGGAUCCGAGCGGAGGUUGCUGCCAUCUAUGAACCCCCACAGAUCGGUACACAGAACAGCCUGGAGAUCCUGGAAGAUCCAAAAGCAGAGGUUGUGGAUGAGAUUGCUUCAAAGCUUGGACUGAGAAAGGUUGGCUGGAUAUUUACGGACUUGGUCUCUGAAGACACACGGAAAGGGACUGUUCGAUACAGCCGAAACAAGGACACUUAUUAUCUAAGUGCAGAAGAGUGCAUUACAGCUGGAAACUUUCAGAACCAGCAGCCCAACAUCUGUCGUCUUUCUCCAGAUGGUCAUUUUGGAUCCAAGUUUGUCACAGUUGUGGCUACAGGCGGUCCCGACAACCAGGUCCACUUUGAAGGGUACCAGGUCUCGAAUCAGUGCAUGGCACUGGUUCGAGAUGAGUGUUUGCUGCCCUGCCGAGAUGCACCAGAGCUGGGCUAUGCAAAGGAGUCCAGCAGUGAGCAGUAUGUGCCUGAUGUGUUCUAUAAGGACAUAGACAAGUUUGGCAAUGAGAUCACACAGCUGGCUCGCCCGCUACCCGUUGAGUACCUAAUCAUAGAUAUUACUACAACUUUCCCCAAGGAUCCAGUCUACACUUUUUCUAUUUCUCAAAAUCCAUUCCCCAUUGAGAACCGUGAUGUGCUGGGAGAAACUCAGGACUUCCACAGCUUGGCCACAUAUCUGUCCCAAAACACUUCCUCGGUUUUCCUAGACAUCAUUUCUGAUUUCCAUCUGCUCCUCUUCCUGGUCACGAAUGAGGUCAUGCCUCUGCGGGACAGCAUCAGCUUGUUGCUAGAGGCCGUGAGGACCAAGAACGAGGAGCUUGCGCAGACAUGGAAGAAAUCUGAGCAGUGGGCCACCAUCGAGCAGCUCUGCAGCACAGUUGGUGUCCAGAUCUCAGGACUACACGAGUACGGUGCCAUGGGCGGCUCGACGCACGCCGUGUCGGCGGCCAUGUGGGCUUGCCAGCACUGCACCUUCAUGAACCAGCCGGGCACAGACCACUGCGAGAUGUGCAGCCUGCCCCGGACCUAGCCCUGCCAGCACGGGGGCAGACUCCAAUACAGAGCAAAGCCUUGAGCAGCAGGAGUGGUGCUCGCCCCUCUCCAUCCUCCCUCCGCUCCCCGCGAUGAGGCACCCGUGGGGCAAGGAGCUGGGCAGGGGAGGGGGAGGUUCCAGCUCUCUGCAGUUCCUCUUCGUGCUCCCUUCCAGCGAUGGCCCUAAGCCAUGGGGGGGAGACGAUGCCCUGGGUUUAUCUUAGCCCUGGCCCCCUACCCAGGAAACCAACUUAACCUCGAUCUCCAUAUGAGCCUUCCCCUAGCAGGGCCAGGCGCUCUCCCCUGCCACCUCCAGUGCCCCGCUGUGCAGUGCUGUCUUGGCCUGAUCCCGUGGGGCCUGCCCGCUCCACGUGUGGGGCUGGGGGACCGUGUGCAUGGCCAGCUGGGACAUAGCUCUCCCUGCACGCUUGCUUGCCUGAGGGAGGGGGAGGCUGUGGCAGGUCGCUGGCCCCCAGCUCUGCUCCCCUUCCCGUGCGUGCAGGUCGCUGCAGCCAGCCUUGGGUGCCUGGGCAGGCUCAGCCCAGCCCUAGCGACAGCUUUCGCACUAAACGGCCUACGUGGGGCGAGCAUAUGACUUAACAGCGUUGGGCCAGACAGCAGCUCUGCCAGGCUGGGCCCCGCGCGCUGGCAGCUCUCCCGGAGCAGGACAGGCCCCUUUGGCACCAUGCGAGGAGUGGGCAUGUGCCAGCUUUCAGCUUGGCAUCGCUCCCGCUGCUCAGCCGGCACGCGCAGCGCUCGCUCGAGCUUGCUCUGCAGAGAUGCUUUGGCCCUCGGUGGCCCUGGCCUGGGCUAGUUUGCGGGCUGGAUGCGCCCACAGGGGCUGCGCGAAGGGUGCUGCUGGGGCCUGGCUGCAGCUUGUAGGUGUCCUUGUCCCCAUGCAUGCUGCCCCUGCAGGUGGGGGGGGUUAGACACAGCCAGGAGUGGCACCCACCUGCUGUCCGGGGCUGUGCUGGUGCAGUGCCCGGUGAAGGUGCUGGGCGCUUCGGGCCUGUGCCCUCCUUUGGAGCAGAGCCGUGCUGGGGGAGCACCGUAAGUCACGCAGCCGCCUCGCCUCGCCUCCUGCAUGCCACGGCUCUGCACUGGGGCUCUUCCACUGUGGCAGGACUUGCAGGCACGUGUGCACGCGUGGUUCUGGCACCGCCAGCGUCCUCUCCUGUGGUGCAGGCUGGCCCCCCUCCCAGAGCUGACUCCUUCCCUGGUGCCUGCAUCUUUUCUGAGCGCAUCCUGCCCCAGCGCAGGGGCUGGGCGUCGGGCCGGACUCUCCCUGUUAGACCUGCUCCGGCCACGCUGCAGCAGCCCAGCUGGGGCUGUGCACGGCUGUCUGCGUGGCGAGGAGCACAGCGGGGCUGGUGAGGGGCACCUGGGUGCUCGCAGCGCCUGCAGGCUCGGCCCUCCCCUCGCGGGGCCUCUCUGAGCCCGCUCGCAGGUGCGUCUUCACCCGGCACACAGCGGUGGGCAGAGGGGCCCUGCCUCGGUGUGCGCCGCAGGGCUGGCAGCCCGGGAGGGACCCCGGCUCCCCUGGGCGGCCCCCUGCUCCACGGCUUCCCCCACCCCUCGCUGCCACCCGCGAGCGCCCGGCCCGUGUCUGCGGGCUCCGCCUCGGCUGCCGACGGCUUCGUCCCGCUGGCUGCAGAAGAGCGCGCGGCGGCCCCGGCCCCGCCGCGGGGGCUCGCGGGGCCUGCGCCUGCAGCGGUUCCCAGAGCCCCGGGCUGUGGCUGCAGUUUGCUUUUCCCCUCAGUUUGUUGGUGUUUGGGGUUGCAGCAGUUUGCGGUGCCUGGACUGGACUGACCCAGACAGAGGGUCUGCAAGUAACAUUGAAUAAAAGCACCUGAAACGUGA